AUGGGGCAGGAGCCGUUCGUCCGGGCCGGAUGUCGCGUCACCAACUGCAUGACGACAGACGACCGAAAUUUCCUCAACGACAGCGACGCUCUUCUCUUCCACCCCAUCAACUACGAUCCGGUCGGCGACGUGCCUCCGCACAGGAAUCCUCACCAACGUUACGUGUUCCUGUUUUACGAAGCCGAAACAUCCGGCAGGAUUUAUCCCGUUUUCCAGCAUCCAGCGGCUCGUGAAGGAUUUUUCAACUGGACGAUGACUUACCGUCGGGACUCGGAUGUUUAUUCACCCCAACCGUACGGAAUUUUACGACGGAAGAAUAGGACUUCGUCGAUAUUAGACAGAGAGACUUUGCCUGUCCAAUUGGCUCCGGGAUUAUUGCCGCCUGAUCCGGCAGUGUUCCUAGAAACGCUAAUGAAUAACACUAAUAGCAGUGGGAGGAGUGAUGAUCAUUUGGUGAGUAAGAAAACAAAGAAAAUCGCCUGGUUCGUCUCCAAGUGCUGGACUCAAAGCCGCCGCGAGAAUUUCUUCCGCCAACUGUUUGAAUUCUAUCCGUCGAUCGACGUCUAUGGCGAAUGCGGAAUCAAAGGGCUGGAUUGUCAACCUUGGAAGAGCCUUGAGUGCGACAAGAUUAUUGGCGAUUACAAAUUCUACAUCGCAGCGGAAAAUAGCUUCUGCCCCGAUUACGUCACGGAGAAAUUCUACCGGGCUCUCCAAGUUGGCGCCGUGCCCAUCGUUUACGGGGGCUCCGAUUAUUCCGCCUACGCCCCACCGUAUUCGUUCAUCCACGCUGCCGAUUUCCAGUCGCCGAAAGACCUGGCCGAUUACCUCUUCCUACUGGAUCAAAAUCCCAAGCUCUACGCCAGGUAUUUGGAAUGGAAGAAGGACUGGAUUGUGGAUCGACAGCCGUUUGACGGCUGGUGUUCCCUUUGCGAGAAACUCAAUCAUCCGGAUGCUAACCAAACGUCUAAAAGUUACCAAGACAUUGCCAAGUGGUGGUUUGAUGAUAUCCUUUGCCUUCCGAAGUCGUCAAUAUCGAUUAUCACAUAA